CACCAUACGAGGUAGUCAUGUCUUUCAAGUUGUUAUAAUAACCAAAGUAGCAACUGCGCGUGUGCAGAAAGGCUUAGGUGGAGUGGUGUCUGUGUACGUGUAUGUAGACGCCUUCUGUACACCUCUCUCUGUCAUUUCUCUUAAGACAUCAUGUCGGAUCUUGUCUCAGUUGCUGCGAUCAAGGAUCUUCUGACAGAGUGCCCAAUAUGUACAGAACACUUUGAUGACGCAAAACGAAUUCCCCGUCGUAUGCCAUGUUGUGUACAGUCCAUAUGUCAGCCCUGUCUAGAAACCUGCAGUGGAGGUGCUGCAACCCUAUCCUGCCCCAUGUGUCGACAGCGACAUAAUCUGCCUGGUGGGGUGAAAUCUCUGCCCAAAGAGACUGUCAUCCUGAAGACUCUGGACUACCUCAAGAUCCAGAAAGGUCUCCAUCUGCCAUGUACAGAUUGCCCUGACAAGGAAACAGCUGUAGCCCAGUGUGACAACUGUGGAACAUUUUUAUGUUCCAUUUGCUUAAGUGCCCAUAAACGGAAUACGGUAUCAAAGACCCACACUAUAAAUACCUUUGAUGAAAUGAAGGGCCGACCUGUGCAGAGUUUUCGUCGUCUACAUCAGUGCAGUCAGCACCAACAACCUCUACAGUUCUACUGCUACACUUGUGACAAGGUCGUAUGUGUGUCCUGCACUGUAGUAGAUCACAAAGAAGGGAAGGGGCACAACGUCGUGUCUGUGGAUGAAGCACACCAAGGAAAGGCGAAGUCCACAAAUGAUGUUUUAGGAAAGAUAGAAGAGAAGACAAAGAGACUGAGCGAAACGGAGUCAGCCCUUCAAAAGAAGAUAGAGAACAUCAAAUUGUCAAUGAAGGUAGCACGAGAUGAUAUCAACAAAAUCUUUGACAAUCUGAUCGAUGGGCUGAAUCAAAGAAGAACAAUCCUUCUAUCAGAUGUUGAGGGGAAAUCUGCUAAGAAUCUGAAGCUAACAGAGGAGGCCUUGGAUUCGACAAGACUACUGCUGAGUAAAGUGAAGUCUUCUUCCGAAUACAUGCGACAGAUGCGCAGCAAAGCUGACAAGGUGGAAGAUCUACAAGUAAUGGGGUCUUCUGAGGCCUCUUUGAACUCCAUGUUGAAGGAGUCACCACAGGAAAUACCCUUUGACAGGACCGGAGUAAUUUUUGUUCAAGCAAACGUAAAACAUCUUCAGGAUACUAUCAAGGUGGCAGGAAUGGUCAGAUCAGUUACGUUCUCCCCAACAGAGAGGCCGAAUGUUGUGCCAGAUACUGCAGUAUACAACGCCAUCACACUGGAACCUGCAGAGUUUCCUACAGUGAUGGAGAUGGACCGGAGCAUCUGUGACCAGGAGAUAACAUGCCCGACUCUGGAAUGGGACUCAAGCACUGCUGAUAACACUAUUGACGUGUCUGGAUGUGUAAUCACAAACACCACCUUAGCCGUCCCUUCUCCUGACACAGGAUGUCGGAUACAAAAUAUCACUUCAUGUCUGGCAUCCAGGCCUUUAAUGGUUAAAAAAUGCCAAGGCCAGCGAUGCAUGUUUCGCGUAAAGUUUCGGGUUUGUGUAAAGGAAUUGAUACAAGAUAAUAAACUUAUACAAGAGAUUGCCCUGACCCCCACCCCUGUAGAUGCUGUCUGUUAUCAAGUCACCGGACUGAGUGUACGUGUUGUUACAUGCCCCAACCACAAGCAGCAGCUGUGUCUCUGUGUAGUCUGUAAUAACACCCUCUUCACUGAUCGCCCUCUCAUUCAGAACAGAGUUGGACAAUCUAUUGACCUACAACUGUGUUUUCUAAUGGAUGGGGCUAAUGACAAAAUAUUAGUUAUUGAUGCCGGUGAUAACAAAGUGUACACCACCGUCACAGAUGUUGCUUUUGACAGACCCAUGUGGGUCAUGAUGUAUGUUGGUUAUCCCGCAAUAUCAGAUGUAAGAGGAGAACUGAUUACAGGCCACAACAUCACAGGAACCUUCGCAAACUACAAUCAUUAGACUAGUUUCCACUAUCCACAACAAUCACACACUCCAUGUAACAUGCAAUGUAUACAAGCACAGCUCAGUAAAAUAAUAUGUAUGCCCUUGACACAUUACCAACUUGUGUACAUAUGUAAAAACACGUUUGGUUUACAUAUUUAAUACAAAUAGUAAUGUAACCGUGACGAUCCGGGUUAGAAUCCUGCUUGCCGUAAGAGGCUACU